AUGUCGUGUCGUGCUCUGAAACUGAUUGUGGUGCUAAAAUACUACCUGAAAGAAUCUAGAGGCAGCAGACGGUGGCUGAUAUUCUUAGAGGGUGGCUGGUACUGCUUCAACAAGGAGAACUGUGAUAGCCGAUAUGAGACCAUGAGGAGACUGAUGAGCUCGUCCAAAUGGCCACAAACUAAAACAGGCACGGGGAUCCUGUCUCCUCUGCCUGAGGAAAACCCUCACUGGUGGAAUGCCAACAUGGUGUUCAUCCCAUACUGCUCCAGCGAUGUAUGGAGUGGUGCUACAGCCAAAACAGAUCAAAGUGGCUAUGCCUUCAUGGGCUCACUGAUCAUUCAGGAGGUCGUGAAAGACCUGUUAAACAAAGGUCUGGAUAAUGCCAAGGUCCUCCUACUAGCAGGAAGCAGUGCUGGUGGUACUGGGGUUCUGCUGAAUGUGGACCGUGUGGCAGAGCUACUGGAGGGAUUAGGGUACACUGGGAUACAAGUUCGAGGUUUGUCUGAUUCUGGCUGGUUCCUGGACAACAAGCAGUACCACUGCACCGACUGUGUGGACACUGUCGGCUGUGCUCCCACUGAGACCAUCAAGAGAGGCAUCAAGUAUUGGGGAGGAGUGGUACCAGAGAGGUGCAAGCAGACCCAUGCAGCAGAGGAGUGGAACUGUUUCUUUGGAUACAGAGUCUUCCCAUCAAUAAAAAGCCCUGUCUUUGUGGUGCAGUGGCUUUUUGAUGAGGCCCAGCUGACAGUGGACAACAUCCAGCUAACAGGCCAGCCUGUGCAGGAAGGCCAGUGGCGCUACAUCCAAAACCUGGGCAUAGAGCUGAGGAACACACUCAAAGAUGUCCCGGCUAUGUUCGCUCCAGCAUGCCUCUCUCAUGAAGUUAUUACCAGAAAUUACUGGAUUGAUGUGCAGGUGAAAGGCACCUCCUUGCCCCGAGCACUGCACUGUUGGGACCGGAGCCUCCACGACAACAGGAACAACAAGGCUCCACCCAAAGGUUGCCCUGUGCAUUUGAUUGACAGCUGCCCAUGGCCACACUGCAACCCCACCUGUCCGACCAUUCGAGACCAGUUCACAGGACAGGAGAUGAACGUCAUUCAGUUCCUCAUGCACAUGGGCUUUGAUGUGCAGAAGAUGGCCCAGCAGCAGGGUAUGGACCCCAGCAAGUUACUGGGCAUGCUCAGCAGCGGCAGCUAAAGGGACAUGCACACUCAGUAUCUCCAAGCUAAGCCCAAGCCGGGCUGCCUGGACUCUCUGGCCAGUCUCCCAUCUGCCUGAUACCUCCAACUGCCCAUCCACCUUCACAACACAUUCUACCUGUGGUUUAUUCCCCUCUGACCACCUGUUUACUUAAGCCCAAAUCUCAGUCAUACAAAGGGGGUUUGAUUUGUCCCACAAUCCCUUUACUCACAGCUUAGUACUGGUGACAACAGUAGGGGCAACACCAUCCCAAGGCACAACUCUCAAUUUAAAUUAUCUUUUGCUUUGUAAAAGAAAAAUAUAUUACAAAUGUAAUCCAGUUUUAAGGAUAUUGUUUUGUGUCUUAUAUUACUUUCAUCCUUCCAUAUAGAUUAUUUUUACUCACUGUUAAAAAAAAUGAAAAAACUACAAUGACAUAAGGAUGCUAACCUACAUCAAGCCAGAAACAGAGGAGCAUGAUAAGCUGGGAAAAACACUGGAUCAGGAAGGAUAUUUUGUGUGCAAAUUUUAAAAAAAAAAGGCAAAAACAACAAAGAGAGACAACUGACACCAGCACUACUCGAAUCAACUCACUGUAUAAGACAAAUCUGGAUUAACACGCUCUUCACAAAGUUAGGCUACUGAAAUUAAAGCCACAAAGAGACAAAUAUCUGAUCUCAGCUAUAAUGAAAGCAACUAAAAAGAAAAAAAGUCAGAAAAGGGGAGACAGACAAUGCUACACACUUUAUAUUACUGUUGUGACUAUAAUGCGAUAUAAGUAAAAGUCCCUGUAGCGGUAACUCAUUCCCGACAGUGGUUUAUCCUCAACAGCUACAAAGAUGUCAUGAUGUCGUGUCGUGCUCUGAAACUGAUUGUGGUGCUAAAGUGGACCUGGGAAUACUUUUAAGGUCUAUUAACAGUUAUAUAUACACCACAGUGCCAUUACAUCUAGUGUAAACCUCUUUGUCACAGGCCACUGGGCACCUCAGUGGUUCAGUAGUCCUCAGAUCAAUGCAAUUAACAUUUAA